AUGGCCACCAAACGCUCUUUCACAGAAGAGGACUUCUCCUGUCCCGUGUGCCGGGAUGUCUUCAAGGACCCUGUCAUCAUGAUAUGCAGUCACAGUGUGUGUAAAGUCUGUCUGCAGCAGUUCUGGGAAACCAAAGGAUCGAGAGAAUGCCCCAUCUGCAGGAAAAGAUCCUCAAAAAGAAACCCACCCCCCAACUUGGCGUUAAGGAACCUGUGCGAGACCUUCAUACAGGAGAGAAGCCAGAGAGAUUCAGUAGGGUCCGAGGUGCUGUGCAGUCUGCACAAAGAGGCCCUGAGGCUCUUCUGUCUGGAGGAUAAACAGCCUGUGUGUCUGGUGUGCCGAGACUCCAGCGAACAUAAGAAUCAUAACUUUAGUCCCGUUGUUGAGAUAGCAAGUGCAUAUAAGAAGAAACUGAAAGCAUGGCUGGUCAAGCUGGAAGAAAAGAUGAAGACACAUAAAGAAAUGCAACUAACCAUUGAUAAAACAGCAAAACACAUCAAGAACUACAAGAGUACAAUGGAAAGUCUGAUCAAUGUGGCAAAGCACCUGGGCAACCUGACGUUCAGAGUCUGGGAGAAGAUGCAGGAGACUGUUCAGUACACUCCUGUGACUCUGGAUCCCAACACUGCAGCUUCACGUAUCAUCCUGUCCGAGGAUCUGACCAGUGUGAGACGUGGUGAGGAGAGACAGCAGCUUCCUGAUAGCCCAGAGAGAUUUGACUACUGUGCCAGUGUGCUGGGCUCCAAGGGCUUCAACUCAGGGACUCACUGCUGGGAUGUGGAGGUUGGGGAGAACACAUGGUGGCAAGUGGGCGUGAUAUCAGAGUCUUUCCAGAGGAAGGGAGACAGCACCUCUAUGAGUGGACGCUGGUACAUUCGGUGUAAAGACGAUGAAUAUAGAGCACGUGCUCCUCCAUACAUCUCCACUGUCCUCACGGUGCAGCAGAAACUCCAGAGGAUCAGAGUGCAGCUGGACUGGGACAGAGGAGAGCUGUCAUUCUCUGACCCUGAUAAUAACACACAUCUACACACUUUCACACACACUUUCACUGAGAGAAUGUAUCCAUACUUUAAUACUUGUGACCUUCCUCUGCAGAUCUUACCAGUGAAGGCCUCAGUAACAGUACAGCAGCCCAGCUAG